GCGGCGCAGGCAAUUUGUCGAUAAUGGCGGGUUCCUGGUCUCAGGCUUAUUGCAAAAGAUGCUCCUCUACUAGCUGUGCGUGUGGCGACAAGGGCAAGUGGAGCAACUCCUCGCUCUUAGGCAAGCGGCUCUCAGAAGACUCGAGCCGCCACCAGCUGCUGCAGAAGUGGGCGAGCAUGUGGAGCUGCGUGAGCGGGGACGCGUCGGUGGCCUGCACGGAAGGGACGCGGCGCGAGGAGGCUGCGGAGCCGGCGGAGGAGGAGGACAGGCCGCUGGUGUUUCUGUGCUCUGGUUGCCGGCGGCCGCUGGGCGACUCGCUGAGCUGGGUGACGAGCCAGGAAGACACCAACUGCAUCCUGCUGCGCUGUGUUUCCUGUAAUGUUUCUGUGGAUAAGGAACAGAUACUAUCCAAACGUAAAAAUGAAAAUGGUUGCAUCCUGGAGACUUUGUACUGCACAGGAUGUUCACUCAACCUCGGCUACGUAUACAGAUGCACACCCAAGAAUCUAGACUACAAGAGGGACUUGUUCUGCCUCAGUGUUGAAGCCAUUGAAAGUUAUGUUUUAGGGUCCUCUGAAAAGCAAAUUGUGUCAGAAGAUAAAGAGCUUUUUAAUCUUGAAAGCCGAGUUGAAAUAGAAAAAUCUCUAAAGCAGAUGGAAGAUGUUUUGAAAGCAUUGCAAACAAAGCUUUGGGAGGUUGAAUCAAAGUUGCCCUUUACCAGCUGCAAAAGCUGAAAUCUGUUCCAAGUCUCCCGUUCUGGAGUUCUUCGCUGAUGGACACUUGUUUCAUAUGUAGCAAUUCUUAUUAUAAUUUACUUCACUUAGAACUGAAAGAAUUCAAAAUGAUCAUGUACUUUACAUUCUCUUGAACUGAUCAAAUGAGAAGAAUUGUAGAAUUACUUUUCCAGCUGUAUUUGAUGGUAAAAAGAUGAUUGUUUCCUAAAUUCCAAUUUUAAAGUCAUGAUACUUCCUGGAAGUGAAAUUUCGUAGUUUUUAUUUUGAUAAACUGCCAUAAUUUUCUGAACGGUUUUCUCCUCAGUACCAAAUUCGUUAUUCUUUAUUUCUUAUUUUUUUUUAAACUUUAUUUCACCUUUAAUACUUUGAACAAUAUUGAAUAUUGAGUGGUAAGAAAAUCUUAGAAGUUUUCCCACCCACUGUGUGGUUGAACCUCCUCUGAAAACUAUUGCGUACAGCUCUGUGGAGAAACUGGUCAGUUGAGUUAUCUGUCAGAACUAUUCAAAACCUUGCACAAGAGCAGAAUAGCAUGUAUUCUAGUGGCGGUAGAAUUCCACUUGAUCCUGUUUAUUUACUACUAUGUGCCAAAAAAACCUGGCAGAAUAUUUACCAAAAAGAGUAGUAAUCAUUUCUGAGGGUGGGAUUCUGGGGAAGUUUUCAGUUUUCCAGUUUUCUAUGAUGUAAGACUUAGAGUAAGCACAUGUUAUUUUUAUAAUGAGGGAGAAAAUAAAGAUUAAAACAAGGUGCUUUACAGUUGAUUUUUCCAAAACAGUUAUUUAGCUGAGCUCAGAAAUCCUGGUGUCAUGAAUUCUACACGUUUACUGGGCAUGGCAGUGUGAGGGUCCACCUUAGGACCGUCAAGGUAACCCCACGUUUCCCCAGGCCGUCUCUGCUUUUGAGUGGACAUGAGGCCAUGUAAUGUUGGUACUCAGCAUGUUUGAGAACUUCCCUCAUUAUGUCUGAGGAGACUUAAAGUUGUCGUAUAAAAGUUCCCAAGUCAGGGCCUCCCUGGUGGCGCAGUGGUUGAGAGUCCGCCUGCCGAUGCAGGGGACACGGGUUCGUGCCCCGAUCCCGGAGGAUCCCACAUGCCGCGGAGCGGCUGGGCCCGUGAGCCAUGGCCGCGGGGCCUGUGUGUCCGGAGCCUGUGCUCCGCAACGGGAGAGGCCACAGCAGUGAGAGGCCCGC